AUGGAGCUUACAAACAAGAGUUGGUUUCAGCCACCUACUUUCCUUCUAACAGGCAUUCCUGGACUGGAGUUUGUACAAAUAUGGAUCUCUAUUCCAGUGGGCUUCAUGUACCUAGUUGCCCUCCUAGGAAACUGCACCAUCCUCUUCGUUAUCAAAACCACCUCCAUCCUUCAUGAGCCUCAGUACAUCUUCCUGUCUAUGCUGGCAGCUACAGAUGUGGGUCUGUCUUUAUCAACUCUACCUACAGUACUCAAGUUCUUCCUCCUGAAUCACAGGGAGAUUGAGUUCCAUUCUUGCCUGGCACAGAUGUUCUUCAUUCAUACCUUCUCCUCCAUGGAGUCAGCCAUCCUGCUGGCCAUGGCUUUUGACCGAUUUGUAGCUAUCUGUGACCCGCUGCACUAUACUGUGGUUUUAACUCCUCCUAGAAUUAUAGGAAUAGGGCUCAUAGCUGUGUUUCGGGGUGUGCUGCUGAUGGUGCCUUUGCCAAUCUUGCUCAAGAGAUUGCCUUUCUGCAAAGGUGUCAUUCUGUCCCAUUGUUACUGCUACCAUCCUGAUGUGAUGAAGCUGGCCUGUGGCUCUGUGAGAGUCAACAUUGUCUACGGACUGUCUCUAGUCCUCUGCUCCUUUGCAAUUGACUCUAUAUUCAUUGUCAUUUCAUACAUCUUGAUUUUGAAAACAGUGCUGGGUGUUGCCUCAGGAGAUGGUCAACUUAAGGCACUUAAUACUUGUGUUUCUCACAUCUUCACUGUCUUUAUCUUUUAUGUGCCCCUCAUUGUGUUGGCCUUAAUUCACAGGUUUGGUACGUUCACAUCUCCUCUUCUCCAUGUCACCAUGGCCAAUCUCUUCCUCUUUCUGACUCCUGUCCUUAAUCCCUUGGUUUAUAGCCUAAAAACCAAACAGAUAAGGUUAGCAAUGCACAAGAUACUCAAGAGCAAGGCAAACUUUAUGUAG